CCAUGCUGCAAGAGUCCCAUCACAUCCCGGUGCUCGAGUCGGCGGACGUCUUCCUUGCCCAGGGCUCGGACGCUUUCCAUGCAUCGCUCGCCGCGCAGCUUGAAGCUUCCAUGGGCAAGUCCAUGCCGCAACUUGAGAUUCGCUUCCAGGAUCUCUCCAUCUCGGCCGACGUCGCGGUCGCUACCAAGGACGGCCACGAGCUCCCGACCUUGCUCAACCACGCUAAGAAGUCGGUCAUGGGUCUCUUCAGCUCUAAGCGCGUGAUCCGCAAGGAGGUGCUGCACCCGAUGUCGGGUGUCUUCAAGCCCAGCACGACGACGCUCCUUCUUGGCCAGCCCGGCUCGGGCAAGUCGUCGCUCAUGAAGAUCCUCUCGGGCCGCUUUCCCAUGCACAAGAACAUCACAGUGGGCGGCAACGUCACGUACAACGGGACGCCGUCGAGGGUGAUCGCCGGGGCUCUUCCUCAGCUCUCGGCCUACAUGAACCAGCGCGACUUCCACUACCCGACCUUGACCGUCAAGGAGACGCUUGAGUUUGCCCAUGCGUGCAGCGGCGGUGCCGCCGUGCCCCAGCGCGUCCUCGACUCGCUUGAGAACGGCUCGCCCGAAGAGAACGCGCAGGCUCAGGCUGUCAUUCAGUCGCUCUACAACGUCUACCCGGACAUUAUCACGCGCCAGAUGGGCCUUGUCAACUGCAAGGAUACGAUCGUCGGCAAUGCCAUGCUUCGUGGUGUCUCGGGCGGCGAGCGUAAGCGCGUGACGGUCGGCGAGAUGGAGUUUGGCAUGAAGCUUGUGUCGUUCAUGGACGAGAUCAGUACCGGUCUCGACUCGGCGGCGACGUUCGAUAUUGUCAAGUCGCAGAAGAGCAUGGCCGAGUCGCUCAAGAAGACGAUUGUGAUUGCGCUGCUUCAGCCGUCGCCUGAAGUCUACAACCUCUUUGACGAAGUGCUUCUCAUGAACGAAGGCCACGUCAUGUACCACGGCUCUCGCGCUCUCUGCUUGGAGUAUUUCGAGUCGCUCGGGUUCAAGUGUCCGCCGAAGCGCGACGUGGCCGACUUUCUGCUGGAUCUCGGCACGCCGCAGCAGGCGCAGUACGUCGUCGAUGGGGCGGCGUCGGUGCCGCGCACGCCCAGCGACUACGCCGAUGUCUUCCGUCGCUCGGCGAUCUUUGCCGAGAUGAUGAGCCACCUCGAGGGCCCGCACCACCCGCUGCUCCUCGCCGAUGCGGCCAAGCACAUGGCCGAGAUGCCGGCGUACCAAGUGCCGUAUGUGCAGAGCACGCAGCAGCUCAUUGCGCGUCAGAUGAAGGUCUUUCUCCGCAACACGGCGUUCGUCAAGAGCCGCUUCAUCAUGGUGCUGGUCAUGGGUCUUCUGUACGCGUCGACGUUCUAUCAAGUCGACUCGGCCAACCCGGUCAUUGUGCUCGGUGUCAUCUUCACGUCGGUGCUCUUCCUCGCGCUCGGUCAAGUGCCGCUCAUGCCGGCGGCGCUCGAGGCCCGCAACAUUUACUACAAGCAGCGGUCGGCCAACUUUUUCCGGACGUCGUCGUUCAUUCUGGCGCAGUCGUUCACCCAAGUGCCCUUUGCCUUUGGUGAGACCUUGGUGUUUGGCUCCAUCAUGUACUGGAUGACGGGCUUUGUGUCGCAAGUCGGUGCGUUCCUUGUCUACCUGCUGCUGCUCUUUCUGACCAACUUGUCGUUUGCGUCUUGGUUCUUCUUCCUCGCGGUCGUCUCGCCCGACCUCCACGUCGCCAAGCCGCUCUCGAUGAUGUCGGUGUUGAUCUACGUGCUCUUUGCGGGCUUUGUCAUCUCGCCGUCGAUCAUCCCCGACUACUUUAUCUGGCUCUACUGGAUCAACCCGCUCAGUUGGUGCAUGCGCGCGCUCUCGAUCAACCAGUACUCGUCGUCCGAGUUCCAAGUGCCGGUCUACAAGGGCGUCGACUACAUGAAGCUCAAGGGCGACACCAUGGGCAACGUCAUGCUCGAGACGUUUGGCCUCGAGACCGACAAGAUCUGGAUCUGGUACGGCGCCAUUUACCUCGCGGCGUCCUACUUUGUGUUCCUCGGCCUCUCGUACCUCGCGCUCGAGUACAAGCGCUACGACGCCCCGGAGAACGUCUCGGUCACCGUUGAUGACGACGAGACGACGCAGGACGACUACCAGAAGGCGCCCAAGACGCCCGUGAGCAACGACGAUGUUGCGGUCAAGGUCGCGGGCUCGUCGUCGGCGUCGGUGCCGGCCACGCUCGCGUUCAAGGACCUCUGGUACUCGGUGCCCAACCCGACCAAGGGUGAGCCCGACCUCCAGCUGCUCAAGGGCAUCAACGGUUUUGCUCUUCCUGGUACGAUCACGGCGCUCAUGGGUUCGUCCGGUGCGGGCAAGACCACUUUGAUGGACGUCAUUGCCGGUCGCAAGACGGGCGGCAAGAUCGAAGGCAGCAUUCUUUUGAACGGGUACCCGGCCACGGACCUCGCGAUUCGCCGUGCGACGGGCUACUGCGAGCAGAUGGACAUCCACAGCGAGAGCGCGACGUUCCGCGAGGCGUUCCAGUUCAGCGCGAUGCUCCGCCAGUCGGACGAGAUCCCGACCGAAGAGAAGAUGGCGUUUGCGGAAGAGUGCUUGGAGCUCCUUGACAUGAAGAACCUCGGCGACAUGAUCAUUCGUGGCGCGUCGGUCGAGCAGAUGAAGCGUCUGACGAUCGGUGUCGAGCUCGCGGCCGCCCCGAGUAUUCUCUUUUUGGAUGAGCCGACGUCUGGUCUUGACGCUCGCUCGGCCAAGAUCAUCAUGACGGGUAUUCGCAAGAUCGCGUCGACGGGCCGCACGGUCGUCUGCACGAUCCACCAGCCUUCGACCGAGGUGUUUGAGAUGUUUGACUCGCUCCUCCUCCUCAAGCGCGGUGGCGAGACCGUCUUCUUUGGCGACCUCGGCACGAACGCUAGCCAGUUGAUUCAGUACUUCAAGUCGAUUCCCAACACGCCGCCGCUCGUCGAGGGUGCCAACCCGGCGACGUGGAUGCUCGAGGUCAUCGGUGCCGGUGUCGAAGCCAAGAACACCAACUUGCCGCCCAACGACUAUGUCCAGAUCUUCAACGGCUCGAACGAGCGUGGUCUUCUUGCCGCGGCGCUCGAUCGCCACGCUGUGCCGCACCCGUCGCUGCCCGAGCUCACGUUUGGCAAGAAGCGCGCUGCGUCGUCGUCGACGCAGUUCAAGAUGGUGACGCAGCGCUUCUUCCGCAUGUACUGGCGCACGCCGUCGUACAACUACACGCGCGCGAUGCUCUCGAUCAUUCUCGCGGUGCUCUUUGGUCUUGUGUACCGUGGUGUCGACUACACGACGUACAUUGGUGCGACCGGUGGCGUCGGCAUGAUCUUCAUGACGUCGCUCUUUGUCGGUUUGAUCUCGUUCAACAGUGUCCUCCCGCUCGCCUCGGAGGAGCGCGCGUCGUUCUACCGUGAGCGCGCCUCGCAGACGUACAACGCGCUCUGGUACUUUGUCGGCUCGACGUUGGCCGAGAUCCCGUACUGCCUCGUCACGACGUUUGUCUUCACGAUCAUCUUUUACCCGUUCGUCGGUUUGAACGAGUCGUGCACGGACGGUACCCAGCUCGGUUGCCAGAUCAUGCCCGAAGCCGGCAUUCCGCCGAGCCUCUUUGCUGAGUUUCCGACCAAGCAGAUUCGCGUCAAGGACUAUGUCGAGAAGGUCUACGAGAUGAACUACGACGACCGGUGGACCAACUUUUUCGCGGUCAUCGGCUUCAUUUUGCUCUGGCGCAUCCUCGCGCUUCUCUCGCUGCGCUAUGUCAACCACCAAAAGAGAUAAACUGCAUCAUGCUAUAAUACUAGUCCAUAAUUACACUUUCAUUCACUUUUC